AUGCUGCCUCUAGCGCGUCUUGCUGCUGCCUCCUCUCGCCUUCGGGUCGUCCGCUUUGAUUUGCUGGCCCCAAAGACAAUCAAAGAAUUGGAUGAGGCUCUUGACCUUGUAGAUACAGCUGCAGAACAGGGGCGCAGCAGCCGCAAGUUUCGGGUGCUGCUGCAAGCGGUGCUGCAGUGGGGAAACUAUGUGAACCACGGGGUGCGGCUGGCAGUAGCAGCGGAGGAGACGCAGGCUGCCGGUGAAGCAACUGCAGCAGCAGCAGCAGCAAAUGCAGCAGCAAGUGCUGCCUCUGUAGAAUGGGCGGUGCUGCAGUGGGGAAACUAUGUGAACCAUGGGGUGCGACUGGCAGUAGCAGCGGAGGAGACGCAUGCUGCCGGUGAAGCAACUGCAGCAGCAGCAGCAGCAAAUGCAGCAGCAAGUGCUGCCUCUGUAGAAUGCCUACCCACACGCGGCUUCGCCCUGACUUCUCUGUUGAAGCUGAUGGAAUUCAGGAGUACUGUAGACAGCCGCCUCAGCUCCUUGCACUACAUCCUCGUUAACCUGGUGAGGACUUGCUGCUGCUGCUACCGCUGCUGCUACUGUAGCUGA